GUCCACCCGCUGGACGCCAGAUUGUCGCACAAGUGUUGCCGAAGUGGCCUUGUUGGCCUAAACCAGGGCAACAUUUUGAGGCCUCACAUUUCUGCGUUUUGUCUGGGACUUCUCAACGCAGUGCUCAACGAGGCUUGUGGGGAAGGGGGGCUAUAUGCGUCGGCGGCCCCACUUGCCUCCGCCUCAAUCGUGUUCGUCCUCAUAGUUGGGUGGCAGAUCGGCACUUGUCUUCUCACGUCCGUCCCCUCUUUCAGCCCCAUGCUUCCGCCCGAUGUCCGCCCAAUUGACAGACCAGGUAACCAAGCGACCCUUUGCGUAUCCUGCUUUUGUCCAGCUAAUCCGUCUCUCCUGCCGUCCGGUUAA